AUGAAGCAUUUAGGUGCGGUUCAUGAGUUUCUCGGUAUGAAGAUUGAUAAACAAGAGGACUCUUAUUUCCUAUCGCAAAGAUCAUACGCAGCUUCAAUUCUUCAGCAAAUGGACCUUCUACACUACAAGCCACUAGCAAAUCCGACAUGUACGAAGUUCCCAGCCACAUAUCCGAUCGAUAAGCAUGUCAAUGAUCAUUCGCUCUAUCGCUGCAUAACCGGGUCCUUACAAUAUUUGACACUCACUCGUCCUGACAUUGCGUACAAUGCCAAUCAACUAUCCCAAAACAUGCAUGAUCCUCAACCUCAACACUUCUAUAUGCUCAAACGUCGUCUUCGUUACAUAAAAGGUACGCUCAAUUUUGGGAUUCCUAUUACAAAAACUAAUCUACUGCUUAAAUCCUAUUCAGAUGCUGAUUGGGCCGGAGAUCCAGUAUCCAGAAAACCAACAUCAGGCUAUUGUUCAUUCCUCGGUGACAUGAUCAUCUCCUGGACGGUCAAAAAGCAACACACAGUUGCCCGAUCAUCCACUGAGUCGGAAUAUUGUGCACUUGCCGCUCUAACAACAGACAUAAUCUGGCUAUGCCGUCUACUAUCUGAAUUUGGAAUCCCUCAAAACUAUCCUAUAGACAUAUUUUGUGAUAAUACAUCCGCAAUUGCACUGACGAACAAUCCUGUCUUUCACGCCCGAACCAAACAUAUAGAAAAAGGUCAGAAGUUCAUUCGGGAUCAUCUACAACAAAACAACAUUCGCCUUCUACCCAUCAGCACGAUUGAUCAAACUGUGGAUAUCUUCACAAAGGCAUUAUCCACUCCGCGUUUCCUAAAGCUACGGAACAAUCUAACGGUUCUUCAAGACCCUCAGAUUGCGGGAGAAUGUUAG